AUGGCGUCGAAGGUCGGUGCCAAGAUGGCAACUAAGCGCUCAGCACCCCACUGGGGCGACGACGACGUCGAUAUCAUGCUCGACUGUGUCCAAUCACUUCUCCCUCUCGGUCAACAUGGGUGGGCCAAAGUCGCUCAACUGUUCAACGCCAACCAAAGCGUUGUGUUUGCUCGAGACUGGGAAGCGUGCAAGCGAAAGUUCACCUUUCUUAAGGCGCACAAGAAACCAACAGGAGAUCCAAACUACCCGCCAUUAGUCGCUCGUGCCAAACGGCUACAACGAGAGCUGGAUUGUCGUGGAGACCAUGGAUGA